CGGUCGCCCCGCGCAUCCAACCGCUCCCUUCUUUCCAAGCCCGCACGAAAAAAUAAAUAAAUACCCGAGCCUCGUGUCGCUCGUCUUCUGUGCAGCUCUGCCCGAGCGAACUACCAGAAUCCGCCGCCACGGCGCGCCUUCCUUCCCUCCUCUCCCCCUCCAGCCUCCUUUUUCUCGUCGUGCUGCGCCUACGGCAUGGCCGACCGACUGAUUGGCGAGCCAUGGCCGCAUCUGCCGGCACCCGACAUGUGGCCGUGCCUCCGGCAAGCCUCCAGGAUAAGGUGUUGCAGUUCCGAAAGAAACUCUCUAUGGAAAUCCUCUUUCAUAGCCAGAACGGAGAAGACGCAGUCGAUGAAGUUCUAGUUGACACUCGCGCGGACGAGUAUGAGGAAAGAAGGCAUGACCAUCAGGGUGAUGACCUCAGUUCUUCCCUACAUGCAUCAGGAACUUCGAGGAAUGCCCUUGAUGAUGGCACUUCAGCCAGAUAUCACCAAUCUGUAUCUAUUCCACCAGCAGUCACGCCAUCUCCAUGUGAUGUGUCCUAGCUGUCUGAACAUUACCAAGAUUCAUAAACCCAAGGUUCAGGAGCAUUGACUCCUUGGUAUCUUGUCUACUUCCUCCGAUCAUAAAUUGUUGUCGAAAUAUUACAUGUAUCUAGACACUUUUUGAGAAUAGAUAUAUCCAUAUUUGGGCAAAUUUGAGUCAAGAAUUUAGAAUCAGCGGGAGUAAAUAUUACCAAGAUACAAAAGGCAAGGUUUUAGGAGUGUUUGACUUCACAUAUUAUUUAUUCUCCUGGGCAUCAAGAAACGAUCACAGAAUACAAGUAGACCCAGCA